GUUUUUGUUUUAUCAUUGUGUUAUUAAUUGAAAGUGCAUUAAAACGUAGAUAAUAAUAUCACUAAUGUAAAAUAAGAACGUCAGCGUCUAAAUACACGAAUUAAGUACAUACUAAUGUAUAAGCGAAGAACGUUAAGCAAGAAAUGCAGAAAUAAAAAAAGAUAAGCUGUAUACAUAUGCAGUUUGUUGUAUUUAUUCAUAUAUUGGCGUCGGAGAGGAGUUAGCUGUUAUCAAGGCUACCUAUCGCUGUAUACUACUGUUGGAGUGGCGGGCGUUUGAUAUAAACAAAAUCCAACGGAUAGGUAUUGUGUCGGUGUUGACGAAGAAUAGAGAAGAGUGGCUGCUUGUUGCCGUGUGGUUCACAAAAAGUACUCAAAAUUGAUAGAAAGAACAAAAAGGCUGCUGCAACUGGUGCCUCAGCCGGGGACCAGCCGCCGCGCAAAAAGGGACGUCGCUCAGGAGGAUCCUCAACAGUUUCAGAUUCGGUCGAUACCAACGCAGCAUCUACAUCCAGAGCAGCUCAGCAGCUGUCCUUAACCACAACUGAAGAAAGAAGAAGAAAACGAACCUUAGACGCAAGCAACAAUCAGCAACAGAACUCGUCCAGAAAGGACUGUAGCAAUAGUAAAAGUAGUAGCAACAAUUGCCCUGAUCCUGUUAUGAAUAUGCAGAAUACAGCAGCCGCAACUGGCGCAGCAGCAGGCGCAGGCAGUUCAACUGUAGAGAUGCCACCGACAAGCAAUGAUAAUGUAGCUAACGAGGCAGGAAGUGCUAGCUCUGCAGCUGGGCCAACUGGAGAUGAGACAGCUCAGUCAUCCAGCAGCCAUAGCAAUAAUACUACAAAUGGUCACGAUGUCAAACAAAAUGGAUUUGCAGGCAAUAACAAUGGCAGCAACAACAUUUGCGCUGUGGAUGGCGAGAACAAUCGCGAGAGUAACAGCAGUUAUAGUGGCAUACACUUGGACAAAUCAAAUCAAGAGAUAAUACGUCUGAUUGGCCAAUAUCUGCACGACGUGGGCUUGGAGAAGUCGGUAAAGACGCUCAUGGGUGAAUCCAAUUGUUAUUUGGAGCAUCCAUCAGCCACAAAGUUCAGGGAGCACGUGCUGGUGGGCGACUGGGUCAAGGCAGAUGGUGAUCUCAAGGAUUUGGAAGCAUUGAUUGACAAUGGCAAAUCGUCAACCAUAACCGAAAUGAAAUUUAUACUGCUAGAGCAAAAGUACUUGGAGCAUUUGGAUGAUGGCAAUCCACUAGAUGCACUCCAUGUGCUCCGCAGUGAAUUGACGCCACUGCAGCAUAACAUAUCGCGUGUUCAUCAGUUGUCCUCAUAUAUGAUGUGUUCUACUAACCACGAUCUAUAUCAGCGCGCCAAGUGGGAGGGCAAGGGCAUAACUUCGCGCGCGCAUGUUAUGGAACGUUUGCAGACGUUUAUGCCGCCGUCGGUCAUGAUGUCGCCACGUCGCCUGCGUACACUUCUCCAACAAGCAGUGGAGCUGCAAAGCCAGAACUGCCCCUGCCACGAUAUGGCCUGGGAGACAAAUCUGCAGAAUGUUUCCCUGCUGACAGAUCACUGCUGUACCACUGACGGCUUUCCCAUGCAGACAAUACAAGUGCUGACCGAACACUGCGAUGAGGUCUGGUUCUGUAAGUUCUCGCCCGACGGCCUUAAGUUGGCCACGGGCAGCAAAGACUCUACUGUGAUCAUCUGGGAUGUAGAUCCAUACAAGCUGACACUGAAGCAUCGGCGUGUGCUUGAGGGCCAGUCACAGCUGAACGUUAGUUUCGUUAGCUGGAGUCCGGACUCCAAGCUCAUUCUAGUGGGUGGCACUGAGGACUCGCAUGAACUUUACAUUUGGAACGUGGACGACGGCAAGCUCAUCGUCAAGUUCUCGCAAUCAUUAGAAGAUAGUUUGGCCUGCGGUGCCUUCAGUCGCGAUGGCAAUCAUUUUGUCUGCGGAGGCCAAAAAGGUCAGCUCUAUUUGUGUGAUCUGAACGGCACUCUCGUUGACUCCUGGGAGGGGGUGCGUGUCAACAGCGUUGCCUUUAGGGCGGACAACAAAACAAUAUUAGCUGCCGAUAAUCACUAUCGCAUCAGAGGCUACAACUUUGACAACCCGCGUUCGGACUUUGAUAUACUGCGUGAGCCGCAUCCAAUUAUGACAUUUAGCAUUAACUCAGCGGAUCGCUUGGCUUUGUUGAAUGUCUCUAACCAAGGACUGCAUCUGUGGGACAUUGAGGACAAGUGUUUGGUGCGUCGCUUCCAGGGCAUACGCCAGAGCAAUUUCGCUAUACACUCUUGCUUUGGCGGCGUCAACGAGAGCUUUGUGGCUAGUGGCAGCGAAGACAAGGUUGUGUAUAUUUGGCAUCUGAAGCGAGAGGAGCCCUUGGCCAAGUUAGCUGGUCACACCAAGACGGUUAACUGUGUGUCCUGGAAUCCAGUAUAUCCGUCCCUACUUGCCAGCGCAAGCGACGACGCCACCGUGCGCAUCUGGGGCCCAAAGCCCACGGGUAGCAGCGCAACGACAGAAAGCGACGACUGCUCCUCCAGCUCGUCAUCGUCCUCUUGGAACAUGACCUAAAUCCACUGACCGCUUAACCCAAUUUUCAUUGUGUGGUGAAUUUGAUGCACUUAAGGGUUGCCACUUGCGACUUGGUUCACAAUUCAAACGAUUGCGUUUUUUUUUAUUCGAAACUAAAUUCAAAUUUUAAUGGCAAAAGCGUAAGCUCAAAAUAUUGAUACUUGAUAAUUGUAGGAUAUGCAUAUGCAAUAGUAGUUUUGCCACUACACGAUUUUAAAGCUCGUCGAGCUGGACUUUUUGUCCGAUAGCCUUUUGAUGUCAAAUCAUUUUUUUGUCCUUUCAUAUUCACGUGCGUGUUUGUGACCCUCACUGGUGUGUUAAAUCCACAUGAAUGAUUCUGAAUUAGCUGUAAGUGAAACUCCCAAUGUCGAUCUAAAUGUGGUGCGCCUGUUUCUGCAAACUGAAUAUAUUUGUUGCAGCGGCGGCGAAAACACUGGACUGCCAUUACAAUACAAUGUGUAUGAGCAGCAUGACUUACAAUUAGCAUUAACUUACAUAAGUACAUUGACUUUGUCUCACAUGUAAUCGGACACAAACACUUGAUUCGAGUAACUAUGAAUAUUGUUCAUCACUUUUCAAGUAAUAGUAUUUUUUUAAAGUUCUAAAUAUGCAUACAAAAAUAUAUUCAUUCAUAUGUAUUGUAUAUUGGCUUUAAGUUUUAAUCAAUUGUCUAGGUAAUGCCAAACUAAUUUGACGUAUCGUACAUACAUACUUAUUUUGCCAUUUUUAUUAUUUUGUCUGGCUUUUUUGACAAUUCGACAUUUAACACUUACAAGCGUACAGUUUUAGUCAACCGAUUAUGCUGAUACUCGUUAAAAAAUGUUCUAAUUUACUUUAAGCGAAAAUAUUUAGUUACUUCUUUCAAUUAAGAACCUUGCAGCGUUCACUCAUAUUUAACCGUCUUUUGUUCAGACAUUCACACAUUGAUGUUAACAAAGUUUAAUUAAAUUACUUUAAUUGAAA